GCAGGCACGCGAGUUACACAGUCGUAAAAGUACUGACCUACGAUAUGGACCACAAAUUAUUCUUGCUCGUAUUAUCUGUGAGCGUGUAUGCUGUGGAUAUCAAGAUAUUGGACACACCGGAUCUAAAACUUCAACUGGAAAAUAAUCCUUAUGGAGGAAUUAAUGUCAUAUGCGAACGCAAGGGUCUUCGGGAAACCAUUUCCGUGAUAGGCCGUAACGCCGGGGACACAAAAGAUGUAAAUCAAGAUGGUGAUAUCCUUAUCCAAUACGAGAAUGACACACGAGUUACCAUCUCCGCUAAUGAAGUGGCCAGCGGCUAUCUCAUUACUUUCACCUGGAUAUCAGGAAACAAAGAGAAGCUUGAAGAUUGCGUUAACUUAGGCAGCCAUCAUUGGUAUGGUGGGCCACAACAAAAGCGUCAGUACUGGCCAAUCGAAAAACUACUCUUACAAGAUUAUUCCUAUGUCUCUAAAGAAGCAGACAACUGCGCAGUUGCGGAGCCUUACUGGCUCAAUUCUAACGGCAUUUUCUAUUAUUUCGACAAGAAAGUACCACUCUUUGUCAACCAGAAUAGCAUAGACAAGAACGCUGCAUGUUUCUAUGCAGAAAUAAAACCUCCUUAUUCCAAAAAGAGAGAAAUAAACGAAUUAAUAUAUGCAAUGGGUAUUUUUGAUAAUGCAAGGGCUGCUCAUGAAUUCGCUAUAGACAAAUAUUUAAAGAAACCCAAUGGGUUGCCCGAUGAAGGAAUGCUAACUUACCCCAUAUGGUCUACUUGGGCAAGAUACAAAAGAGGCAUUAAUCACGAUAUAGUAUUAAAAUUUGCAAAUGAAAUCAACGCGCAUGAUUUUAAGAACAGUCACAUAGAGAUUGAUGAUCUAUGGGAAGUAUGUUAUGGAUCUCUUACCGUGGAUGAGAGGAAGUUUCCUGACUUUAAGAAUACUGUCGCUUCUUUAAAAGAGAUGGGAUUUAGAGUAACAAUGUGGGCUCAUCCCUUCAUUAAUAAGGACUGUGAACCUUGGUAUUCCGAGGCAGUGGAAAAAGGUUACCUUGUGUCAUCCGAAUAUGGGUCUGUAGAAACCAGCUGGUGGAAUGACAAUGGAACCACCACAGCGUACAUCGACUUCACCAACCCAGACGCUCGAAUCUGGUACACGGAUAGACUGAAGAACCUGCAAACAGAGUAUGGAGUGGACAGCUUCAAGUUCGAUGGUGGCGAAUCCAGUUGGUCGCCGCAGAUUCCGGUACUUCGAGGCGAUAUCAACGACCAACCGGGUGUCAUAACGGCGGACUACGUGCGAACUGUGGCACAGUUUGGGCCUUUAGUCGAAGUUAGAACUGGAUAUAGAACGCAAGAUUUACCCGUAUUCCUGCGGAUGAUAGACAAGGACAGCUACUGGACUUUCGAGAACGGUCUACCGACAGUUAUCACCACGUUACUCCAGCUCAAUAUGAAUGGAUACCCACUAGUGCUCCCAGACAUGAUCGGUGGGAAUGGUUAUAACGAGGCUCCGACCAAGGAACUAUUCAUACGGUGGUUGCAAGCUUCUACAUUCAUGCCGAGCCUACAGUUUUCGUAUGUGCCGUGGGAUCUUGAUAAUGAGACAAUAGCAAUAAGCAAGCAAUUCGUUAAUCUUCAUGAAGCAUUCGCGCCAACUCUACUAGAGGCGUGCGCGAGAGCAGUGCAAGACGGGUCGCCGGUCAAUCCGCCCAUUUGGUGGAUAGAUCCUAAUAAUACUGAAACUUAUGAUAUUUGGGACCAAUAUUUGCUCGGUGAAACAAUAUUAGUAGCGCCUGUCAUAGAGCAUGGUGCAAAGCAACGUGACGUAUAUUUGCCAAACGGAAAAUGGCAGGCGCAAGGAAAUCCAGAAAAAAUUCACGAUGGCGGCGAUUGGAUUAGGGGUUACCCAGCACCGUUGGACACUUUGCCCUAUUUUAUUAAAGUAUAAAUAGAAGUUGAAAUGUAUCAGAGUAAAAUGUUCAUUAAUAAACUAAAAUUAUAUAAAAAGAUGAAACAAAUUUGAUCAUU